AUGGACGAUCUCAAAUUCCUGUAUCGUACAGCUGGACAAAAAGGUCGUGGCAUCACAUUCAUUUUCACAGAUCAAGAAAUCAAAGAUGAAGGCUUCCUAGAAUACCUGAAUAAUGUUCUCUCCUCAGGAGGUGUCAUCUCAAAUCUCUUCACACGUGAUGAAAUGGAUGAAAUCUUGCAGGAUUUAAUCCCAUGCAUGAAAAAAGAGCAUCCUCGGCUAUCGCCUACAAAUGAGAAUCUGGCUGAUUAUUUUCUCAGCAGAACUCGGAAAAACCUUCAUGUGGUUUUGUGUUUUUCACCAGUUGGUGAGAAGUUUCGGGCGAGAUCGUUGAAAUUCCCUGGAUUAAUAUCCGGGUGUACAAUCGACUGGUUUCAUCGAUGGCCACGGGAGGCACUGGUCGCUGUCGCCAAUCACUAUCUGAUCGACUUCCCAAUUGUUUGUAGUAGGCAGACGAAAAGUGUGCUAAUUAAUACAAUGGGUGUAGUCCAUGAUGGAAUUGUUGAAGCCUGCACAGAUUACUUUGCAAGAUAUCGACGUCAAACACAUGUCACACCGAAAUCCUACUUAUCAUUCCUACAGAGUUAUAAGUCAGUUUAUACACAACAACACGGUCAUUUUGCAAAUCUUGCUCAACGUAUGGACGGGGGUCUGCAGAAGCUGGUUGAAGCUCAAGACAAUGUGGCCCAGCUGAGUAAAGAGUUGGCUGUCAAAGAAAAAGAUCUUGAAGUGGCAAAUAAACAAGCUGAAGAAGUACUUCUCACAGUCACCAUUCAACAGAAUGCUGCAACUGAAGUCCGGAAUAAAGUACAACUUGUGAAGGAUAAAGCACAAGCCAUCGUUGAUGAUAUAGACCGUGAGAAGAUUUUAGCUGCAGCGAAAUUGGAGGCGGCAAAACCUGCUCUCCAAGAAGCUGAAGAUGCACUGAACACCAUUAAACCUGGGGAUAUAGCCACUGUACGUCGGCUGGGUAAACCACCGCAUCUCAUCAUGCGGAUCAUGGACUGUGUCCUUCUACUGUUUCAACGUCAUCUAGAAGUUUAUCAACCUGAUCCAGAACGUCCUUGUCCAAAGCCCAAUUGGAGUGAAUCAUUGAAAUUAAUGACAAAUACGAGUUUUCUUGCUAUGCUUAUGUCUUUUCCCAAGGAUACAAUCAAUGAAGAGACUGUCGAAUUUUUAGAGCCAUAUUUAUACAUGGAAGAUUAUACACUAGAGGUUGGUAAAAAAGUUUGCGGUAAUGUUGCCGGCUUACUGUCAUGGACAAAGGCGAUGGUUUAUUUCUAUGCUAUCAAUAAAGAUGUGUUGCCGAUGAAAGAUAAUCUUGUGAAACAAGAAGCUCGGUUAGCUAAAGCUAUGAAUGAUUUAAAUGAUGCUCAAGCCAUACUUGACGAGAAAGAGAGUGAAUUGGCUAAAGUGCAAGCAGUCUAUGAAGAGGCAUUACGUAAAAAGAAUGCCCUAUUGGAAGACGCGGAAUUAUGUCGACGUAAAAUGAAUACCGCCUCAAAACUUAUCGGUAGCUUAGGAGAUGAACAGACUCGUUGGACAGAAGAGAGUCAAGCGUUUAAAGAACAUAUUGAAUGUUUGGUCGGUGAUGUUCUCAUUGCCACUGGAUUUCUGUCCUACUGUGGUCCAUUUAACCAAGAAUUUAGACAAAUGCUCUAUCAGUCCUGGCAACGAUUAUUACGCCAGUGUAAAAUACCUGGAUCAACAAUUGUCAACUUAAUUUCUAUGUUAACUCAACCAACUCAGCUUGGUGAAUGGAAAAUUCAAGGUCUACCGAGUGAUGAAUUAUCCAUACAAAAUGGUAUAAUUGUCGAUCAGGCCAGUCGUUACCCACUGCUAGUUGAUCCACAAGGUCAAGGUAAAGCGUGGAUAAAAAAUCGUGAAGAAAAAUUCGAUUUAAUUAUCACAACAUUGGGAAAUAAAUAUUUUCGACAAAAUUUAGAAGAUGCCUUAUCCACUGGACGUCCAUUGUUGAUUGAAGAUAUUGGAGAAGAUUUAGAUCCUGCGCUGGACAAUAUACUCGAGAAGAAUUUCAUAAAACAAGGUUCAAUUCAAAAGGUUAAAGUUGCCGAUAAAGAAGUUGAUGUCCUCUCAGGUUUUCGUCUGUACAUCACCACAAAACUCGCGAAUCCAUCCUUUACACCUGAAAUAUCUGCUAGAACAUCAAUUAUCGACUUUACUGUAACAAUGAAAGGCUUAGAAGAACAAUUACUUGGACGUGUUAUUGUCAGUGAACGUUACGAAUUGGAAGCUCAACGUGUUCAACUGAUGCAUGAUGUACAAUUGAAUAAAACAAAAAUUAAAGAAUUAGAAGAUAACUUACUAUCACGUCUAGCAAGUGUUCAAGGCUCCCUAGUCGAUGAUGCCGACUUAAUUGAUGUGCUGAGCUCAACAAAAGCAACUGCUAGCGAAGUGUCAAAGAAAUUGGCGAUUGCCUCUGAAACUGAAAUACAAAUAACAGCUGCCAGAGAAGAGUACAGACCGAUCGCGACACGUGGUUCCGUGUUAUACUUUUUAAUUGUUGAAAUGAGCCUAGUGAAUUGUAUGUAUCAAACAUCACUGCGUCAAUUCUUAGCCUUAUUCGAUCAGUCUUUAGCACGGUCUGAAAAAUCACCAGUCACUUCAAAACGUAUCACGAAUGUGAUCGACUAUAUGACAUACGAUGUCUGGAGAUAUGUGAUCCGUGGCCUGUAUGAAGUGGACAAGUCAACCUUUUCUCUUCUAUUGGCUCUGAAAAUUGAUAUGCAAGCUGGACGAGUUAGACACGAGGAAUUUCAUUAUUUUAUCAAAGGUGGUGCAUCAUUGGAUAUGAAUACAGUGAAACCGAAACCGUUCAAAUGGAUCACAGACAUGACCUGGUUGAAUUUAGUCGCUUUAUCAAAUUUGAAUCAAUUCGCCAGUAUCCUCGACCAGGUAGUGAACAAUGAACGUGGUUGGCGUCAAUGGAUUGAAAAAUCCUCACCAGAAUUGGAAGUCAUCCCUGAUGGUUAUCAGUCACGUGUAGAUACAUUUCGACGCCUAUUGCUUAUUCGUGCCUGGUGUCCAGAUCGUAUUAUGAACCAGGCGAAUAUUUAUGUUGGGGAUACUUUAGGUAAAAAGUUUGCUGAAGGUUUUGUCCUUGAUUUGGAUGGCGUAUACCAAGAGUCAACACCACUUUGGCCUAUGGUUGGAUUACUAAGUACGGGGUCAGAUCCAACGCCGCAAAUAGAGCUGUUAGCUAAAAAGUACAGAGUUGAUUGUAAGACAAUUUCAAUGGGACAAGGUCAAGAAAUUCAUGCUAGACGAUUGGUGAACAAUCUGCUUCUAUCCGGUGGUUGGAUAAUGCUGCAAAAUUGUCACUUGUCAUUGAGUUAUGUAGCAGAAUUAUUAAAUCAAAUCACUGACAUGGAACAUAUUCAUCCAGAAUUUCGAAUAUGGGUGACAACUGAAGUGCAUCCACAAUUCCCGAUUUCAUUCUUACAAACUUCGAUAAAGUUUACCAAUGAACCUCCUCAAGGCAUUCGAGCUGGCUUGAAACGAACCUAUGCAACAUUCAAUCAAGACUAUAUCGACAUAAAUAAUCAACCACAAUGGAAACCGUUGAUCUAUGCAAUCUGCUUCUUGCAUACCACAGUACAAGAAAGGCGUAAAUACGGUCCACUCGGGUGGAAUAUUGCCUAUGAAUUUAACACGUCUGAUCUAAACGCCAGUCUACAAUUUGUACAGAAUCAUUUAGACGAUAUGGAUCCGAAAUUGGGGAUCGAUUGGAAAUGCGUUACUUAUAUGCUUGGAGAAAUCCAAUAUGGCGGUCGUGUAACUGAUGACUUCGACAAUCGACUUUUAAACACCUACUGCAAAUUAUGGUUCAAUGAAGGUUUGUUCAAUGCGGAUUUCAAAUUUGCCCAAGGCUAUACAAUUCCUAGAGUACAGAAAAUCAAUGAAUUUCUUGAGGCUAUCAAUGAAAUCCCAAUGUAUGAUUCACCGCAAGCAUUUGGGUUACAUGAAAAUGUGGAUAUCACAUAUCAAAGUAAAAAGGCAAAAGUUGUCCUCGACUGUAUCCUGAAUGUUCAACCAAAAGAUGCUAAUACUGGUGCCGCAGAGACACGUGAAGAUGUUGUACGACGUAUGGCUAUGGAUCUCCUAGACAAACUACCACCGGAUUAUGCACAAUUUGAAGUAAACGAAUGCUUAAAUCAAAUGGGUGCACUACAACCAAUGAAUAUAUUUCUACGUCAAGAGUUGAAUAGAAUUCAACACUUGCUGACAACAAUGCGAGAAGAUCUUGUCAGUCUGACUUUGGCUAUUGACGGGACUGUUGUAAUGAGUGAACAGUUACGUCAGACAUUAGACUGUAUGUAUGAUGCAAGAAUACCGAAACAAUGGACAAAGUUAUCAUGGGAAUCCUCGACGCUAGGAUUUUGGUUCACUGAACUGAUCGAAAGAAAUCAUCAAUUUCAUGAAUGGUUAUACAAUGGUCGACCAACAUGCUUUUGGAUGACCGGAUUCUUCAAUCCACAAGGAUUUCUUACAGCUAUCCGACAAGAGGUGACACGUAAUCAUAAAGGUUGGGCAUUAGAUACAGUCGUCCUGUGGAAUGAAGUCACUAGACUGAUGAAAGAUGAUGUUCAACGUUCCCCAGCUGAAGGUGCAUAUAUCUAUGGCCUGUUUCUCGAAGGUGCAGAAUUCGAUCAGAAGAAUUUACGAUUGACUGAGGCCAAAGCGAAAGUCUUAUAUCAACCAAUGCCUGUUAUACAUAUCCAGGCUAUGGAUAUUGCAAAGGAUAAAGAGAUACCCAGGGAGAUGUUGAAGAACUUCUAUGUGUGUCCAGUGUAUAGAAAACCGUGUAGAACAGAUCGUACCUAUGUCACGUCGUUAUAUUUACGUUGUCCGCCGAACAAGCCGGCUGAUCAUUGGGUUUUGAGAGGUGUAGCUCUACUGUGCGAUAUUCGAUAGGCCCGAAGACCGACAUAUUGGUAUUAUUGUACUCGCAUCCCCACAUAUAUCGAUGACUUUUUCAUCAAUCAGCAGAGUGUUUAAGUUUGUGAGAAUUCUUUUGUACUUGAGAACACGGAUCUUCCAUUACAUAUAGAAU